AUGCAUCUGUACAUUUUACUAAUCCAAUUUCCUACUUGGAUUUUCCAAGACCAUCGAUUCAAAAAUCUAUCGGUCACCUAUGAUCCCUAUGACAAGCGAAUGAGUGCAUUUUUGAGUCAUGGAGGGUUGGGAAGUACGAUUGAAACGGUCUUUUUCGGAAAACCAACCAUUAUGAUCCCAAUAUUCUUUGAUCAAUUUCGCAAUUCCCACAUGUUGAGUCGCCUAGGAACGUCAGUAACUCUCCUGAAAACUGAUUUGGGAAAUUUGGACAAAUUGAAAUCAGCAUUUCACAAAAUUUUGCACAAUGACAGUUUUCGAAAAAAUGCUGAACAUGUGGCAGAUGUGGUACGGAACCAGCCAAUCAAGCCAAAAGAGUUGGUAGUCAAGUAUACUGAGUUUGUUGGAAAACACGGACCAUUUCACCAGAUGACCCCAUACAGCUUGAAAAUGCCCUGGUUUCAACGACAUGGAUAUGAUGUUUUAUUGUACAAAUCAACGUUUUAUCUUCUGCCAUCUUUCUUAUUUCUUGCGUCAUUCAGGAAAUUUGUUUUUUCUAGAAAUGAAAUUCCAGCCAGCCGAUAA